AUGCAACCCAGAGAUUCUGGUGACUGCAGUUCGGGGCCCGGAGGAGCGCCACACUCUGUUGCCGCGACAGCAACAACAAGAAAAACAAUUUGGCCCAAAUAUUUGCGUUGGUUGCAUCACUCGCAGACUUCUGGUCGGCCGGACUUGGACUGUGCCAAAGUGGGGACCGUACGCCAGAGGGACCCUCCCCUCGGCCAGUCCCGACUCCUCUUACCCAUUCGCUCUUUUGUCGUCAUCGGUCAUGACCCCCGGCACCGGGCACUUUGUCACUGGGUCCCACUACGCCGACGGAAGAAGAGCUGGACGAGGGAAGACUGGAUUGGAGCUCGGACAAGACGCUCGGAGGUGCGCCGCGAUCAGGAGGAAAGCCCAGUCAACUGGGCAGAUUAG